UUCCGGCCCGCCCUCUCGCCCAGGGCCGGGGGAGGGCCGGCCUGGUAGCCCGGCCGCCAAGGAGCGAGCACCGCGACUCCGCCCCGCCGGGCGCCGGCCCAGUGUUCCUCCAGCCACCGCCGCCAUGCCCAACUCGGUGCUGUGGGCGGUGGACCUGUUUGGGAGAGUGUACACGCUCUCCACGGCCAGCCAGUACUGGGAGCUGUGCAAGGACGGCCAGCUGGAGUUCAAGCGGGUCAGUGCAGCCACGCAAUGCUGCUGGGGCAUCGCCUGCGACAACCAGGUCUACGUGUAUGUGUGCGCCAGCGAUGUCGCCAUCCGCCGCCGAGAGGAGGCCUAUGAGAAUCAGCGCUGGAACCCCAUGGGCGGCUUCUGUGAGAAGCUCCUGCUGAGCGACCGGUGGUCAUGGAGUGAUGUGAGUGGGCUCCAGCACCGGCCGCUGGAUGGGGUGGCGCUGCCCUCACCGCACUGGGAGUGGGAGUCCGACUGGUACGUGGAUGAGAACUUUGGAGGGGAGCCCACCGAGAAAGGGGGGUGGACAUAUGCCAUCGACUUUCCUGCCACCUACACACGAGACAAGAAGUGGAAUUCUUGCGUGCGGCGGCGGAAGUGGAUCCGGUACAGGAGAUACAAGUCCCGGGACACCUGGGCCAAGAUCCCCUCGAAGGAUGACCCCAAGCAGCUGCCUGACCCCUUCAAUGACCUCUCUGUGGGGGGAUGGGAGAUCACGGAGGAACCCUCGGGCCGCCUGUCAGUGUGGGCCGUGUCUGUGCAGGGAAGGGUGUGGUACAGAGAGGACGUCAGCCACUCCAACCCCGAAGGCUCAUCCUGGUCCCUGGUGGACACUCCUGGCGAGGUGGUCCAGAUCAGCUGUGGGCCCCACGACCUCCUGUGGGCCACCCUGUGGGAGGGGCAGGCCCUGGUCCGGGAAGGAAUCGGCAGGAACAGCCCCACAGGAAGCUGCUGGUCCAUAGUGGAGCCUCCAGGGCCUGAAAACGGGAUCAUGCACGUCUCCGUGGGAGUCGGCGUGGUCUGGGCUGUCACCAAGGACCGGAAGGUGUGGUUCCGAAGAGGCGUCAACUCUCACAACCCCUGCGGCACCAGCUGGAUCGAGAUGGUGGGAGAAAUGACGAUGGUGAACGUGGGCCUCAACGACCAGGUCUGGGGCAUUGGCUGCGAGGACCGAGCUGUGUACUUCCGGCAGGGCGUCACCCCCAGCGAGCUCAGCGGAAAGACAUGGAAGGCCAUCAUGGCAGCCCGUGAGUGUGACCGGUCGCACUCUGGCAGUUCGUCGAGUCUCCUCAGUGCUGGCUGCUUCUUUGGCGACGAGGUGAAGGGCAGUGGCGAGUCGGCACCUAGCGACACCGAUGCCACCUCGGAAGUUGAGAGACCAGGUCCUGGCCAGCAUCUCCCCGUGGAGUCUUUGGACAACUCCAGGAACCUCAAGGAGAGCUUGGCCUCGGGCCCAGUGGCCAGCAGGACUGCAGAAGGUGUCAUUGAGAAUGCCUGCCCCACCGAGGGUGGCCCUGGCCUGGCCUCCACCCCAGCGGUGCUGCCCUGGACCAAUAUUGACCUGAAGGAGCCCAAGAAGGUGCCCAGCCACUCGGCUGCUGGCUUCCCCGAGACCACCGGCCUCUCCUCCAUGGGGCUCCUGCCCCUGGGUUUGGAGGAGCCCUAUGGGGCGGAAGACCACCCGCUGUGGGCCUGGGUGUCGGGAGGCGGCUGCGCGGUGGAGGCCUGCUACGUGCCCAAGUGGUUUGCUGCCCAGUCAGGCCUGUCCCCCUCGGUGCAGACGUUGUCCCUGUCCAUCAUGCCGGCCCAGACCGCCGCCUGGAGGAAGCAGAUCCUCCAGCAGCUCACAGAGAGGACCAAGCGGGAGCUGGAAAACUUCCGGCAUUAUGAGCAGGCCGUGGAGCAGUCGGUGUGGGUGAAGACCGGGACCCUGCAGUGGUGGUGCGACUGGAAGCCCCACAAGUGGGUAGACGUCCGCGUGGCCCUGGAGCAGUUCACGGGGCAUGAUGGCGCUCGGGACAGCAUCCUCUUCAUCUACUAUGUGGUCCACGGGGAGAAGAAGUACAUCCACGUGUUCCUCAAUGACGUGACGGUGCUGGUGCCUCUGCUCAGUGAGGGCAAGCACUCCUUUGCCCUGUACACCCCUGAGAGGACGCGGCAGAGGUGGCCCGUGCGUCUGGCUGCCGCCACCGAGCAGGACAUGAAUGACUGGCUCGCUCUGCUCAGCCUGUCCUGCUGUGAGAGCCGGAAGGUCCACGGCCGCCCGUCCCCUCAGGCCAUCUGGUCUGUCACCUGCAAGGGGGACAUCUUCGUGAGUGAGCCCAGCCCAGACCUGGAGGCCCAAGAACACCCGCUGCCCUGUGACCAGAUGUUCUGGCGGCAGAUGGGAGGCCACCUGCGGGUGGUGGAGGCCAACAGCCAGGGCGUGGUGUGGGGCCUCGGCUACGACCACACGGCUUGGGUGUACACAGGUGGCUACGGCGGAGGCUGCUUCCAAGGCCUGGCCAGCAGCACCAGUAACAUCUACACCCAGUCGGACGUGAAGAGCGUGUACAUCUACGAGAACCAGCGCUGGAACCCCGUCACGGGCUACACCAGCAGGGGACUGCCCACAGACCGGUACAUGUGGAGUGACGCCACUGGGCUGCAGGAGUGCACCAAGGCCAGCACGAAGCCCCCAUCUCUGCAGUGGACCUGGGUUUCUGACUGGUCUGUGGAUUUCAGCGUGCCUGGUGGCACUGACCAGGAGGGGUGGCAGUAUGCCAGCGACUUCCCUGCCUCUUACCAUGGGUACAAAACCAUGAAGGAUUUUGUCAGGAGAAGGUGCUGGGCCAGAAAAUGCAAGCUGGUGACCAGUGGGCCCUGGCUCGAGGUGGCCCCCAUCGCCCUCAGGGACGUGUCCAUCAUCCCAGAGAGCCCAGGCACCGACAGGAACGGGUCCAGCAUCGCGCUCUGGGCUGUCAGCGACAAGGGGGACGUGCUAUGCCGCCUGGGCGUGUCCGCACUCAACCCCGCGGGCUCCUCCUGGCUGCACGUGGGCACCGACCAGCCCUUCACCUCUGUCUCCAUCGGGGCCUGCUACCAGGUGUGGGCUGUGGCGAGGGACGGCUCCGCCUUCUACCGGGGCUCUGUGUCCCCCUCCCGGCCGGCUGGCGACUGCUGGUACCACAUCCCGUCUCCCCCUAAACAGAGACUAAAGCAGGUGUCUGUCGGGCAGACGUCGGUGUACGCCCUGGACGAAAAUGGGAACCUGUGGUGUCGCCAGGGGAUCACGCCCAGCUACCCGCAGGGCUCCAGCUGGGAGCACGUGUCCAACAACGUGUGCAGCGUGUCCGUGGGGCCCCUGGACCAGGUCUGGGUGAUCGCCGACAAAGUCCAGGGCAGCCGCAGUCUGAGCCGGGGGACAGUGUGUCACCGUACGGGCGUGCAGCCCCACGAGCCCAGUGGGCAGGGCUGGGACUACGGCAUCGGGGGAGGCUGGGACCACAUCUCUGUCCGGGCCAAUGCCACCAGAGCCCCCCGGAGCUCAUCCCGGGAGCAGGAGCCGAGCGCCCCAAAGGAGGCCCUGGGCCCCGCCUGCUGCUGAGGCCGCAGCGCUCCUGGAUGCAGGUGGUGCCCGGUUGAAGGAUCAAGGCUGAGCCAUUCUUGAGCUGCAGUGUGCACCAUGGGGGCUGCUCAGGAGGGAACCUGGGCGAGGCCACGGCCACUUCAGAGGCAUUGGCUGAAAUAGCCCAGAAAUGUGAAGCUCCGGAUGCCCGGCAUGUGUCCCCUAGCCUUCGAGAAGCUCCACAGGUGGGGGGUAGAGCUGCACCUCCCAGAGGCCCUGCCCCUCGGCCUCCCACCUCGACAGAACCCAGGAAGGAGCCCCCUGGAGCCGGCCUCUCAGGCAGCAACCCGGACCUGCCACCCCGCCUCCCCACCUGAGAGACACUGGCCUGGGGCUCAGGGCCACUUUGUCAUGAGCUGUGACUGUUUCUCAGAGCAGGACUUGCAAAGAGGGUUUCAUUUCACAGCUAAGGCUCGAGUGGGUGGGGUGUCUUCCCCAGUUGGGCCGGGGCUGGCAGAAGACAGAGGCUGCCCAGGGCUGGGAGAUGGCGUCUAUGUGCUGGGUCACCGUCAUCAGCCCCUAGACAGCCCCUUCCCCAGACUUGGGGGGGGUGUGGGGGCUCCUUGGGUGUGGAUCAUGUUGAGGGGCAGCAGGCGUCCUGGGGAGCAGGACUGUGCCUGGGCCAGCAGCAGGGUGUGGACACAGACCCCCAGCCUGUCCUGUGCAUGCCAGGGCGAGAGCCCUGCCCGGCCAGGCGAGGAGGAAGGGCCCAGCUAAGUGGCCCUGGCUCUUGCCCAGCAACUUCUCUGCUGCUUUUUAUCCCAUUGUGCCCCGUUUGGAGACUUUGCUUCCUACACUGGACUCUUUGCCUAGGAGGUCGUCAGAGCCCGAUUCCUGUCUCUGCUCAGUUUGAGAUAGAAUGAAGGGACUUGUCACCAACUGGCCUCCCUGGGAUCCUGCCUGUUUCGUUGUCAGCAGGGGGUCAGCUGUGCGUUUAUAUCUGAUCCCAUUUUGCUGCAGUGUCUGUCACCCAGAUAGACACUGACUCUAAAAAAGGUCUCCCCUGGGGUCCUCUCCCAUGGUGGGGGGGGGUGCUGCUAGGAGCGGGGCCAGGUGUGUCUGGUGCGGUGCUCAGGCCAGUCGCAGGCAGAGACCCCGUGCUGCGUGUUUACAUUUUGGUGUCAGUUGUCCUGUGGGUGGGCAUUGUGGUUCGUCCCCUGCAACAGUGCCCUGUGCGUCCUGCUGUAACUCGCUGUCUGCAGGUGGCUCUCAGCACAGGGUGUCACUCUGCCUUUCUCCAGGGUGACAUGUUCUCUCACUGCUAAGCACCAACUGUUUACUUGCUCAGCAUCCUUUGGAUGCUUUAUUCAAUAAAAAUUUGCACCAGAGUGUAAACGGCA